CUUCCGUUGCAGGUGGCUGAUAGUUCCAGCUGGGUAAACUUUCAACAAUGCUGAGGCUCUUUGCGGUUCUCGUGCCAACGUUUUGUGGUCGGCUUCAACAAUGUUGAACAUCUUUGCGGUUCUGGUGCCGACCUUCUUCUUGGUCGUCCCAGGGGACAGACUAUGUGAGUGGGGUAAAUAUGGCGAGCACUGUAACUUGACUUGUCCUGUGAACUGUGCCCUAGUUCCAUCAAGAAAUGUUCAGUACUGUAACAGAAACACGGGGAAGUGUCUUGGAGGAUGCCGGCGUGGUUGGCAUGGUGAUCUGUGUGACCAAUCCUGCAGCACCAACUGUCUCAACCGGACCUGUAACCAGCAAACUGGGCACUGCACACUUGGCUGCAAUGGAACCAACACUGGAGAUUUUUGUAACAGUACACGACAGUGUGGUCGUGGCUGGUAUGGAGAUACGUGUGAACAUCCCUGCAGCAGCAACUGUGUGGAGGAAAGAUGCAACCAAACAACUGGAGUCUGUGUACUUGGCUGUAAUGGGACUUAUACAAGAGAGAUCUGUAACAUCACGACAGUAGUUAGCAACAUCAAGGAAGAAGCAGACAAUCUGGCUGCCAUACUGGUUCCUGUCUUCCUGGUUGUAGCUGUAUUCGCCGCAGUCGUCGUGGUCCUAUUAUGGCGCAGACGGAAAAAUCGUGCACAAAAUGCGGGUGCUUCAUUCAACGAGGAGCUUCUGUUAUCCCGUGGACACACGGAUGAAGAAGGAGCUUCAAGCGGGGAGACUCCAGUACAAACUGGAAAUAUGAAUGAAGGUAGAUAGAAGACGAACUAUUGGUCUAAUGGACGAUUUGCACAUUUACAUAAAAUGAUGCAACAAUAAAGAUGGAAUUUGAGCUGAAAGGUCAUAUUGCAUGACGGGACUUGGUUUGAUGACCAACAAAACAAAACAAUUUAUAUUCAUCAAAGGAGGAGGUUUCUUUACACAUAUAAAACAGGAAUCAUGAAGUUUACUCUGAGGAAAUGCAUAAUGAAUGUUUUUCUUCCUCUAUGAUCCAUUUUCUGCCUCAUUUUAUCAAACAAUGAAAGAAUGAUGGAUACUGGAAAA